UUGGUAGAUUGGUAGUCGAGUGUUCCUCCCUCGACAGACCUACCGGUAUGAGAGCAUACUAAAGUACUGAACUUGGACGCCGGAGCGUCUCCGCUCAGUUCAAAAUUGAUAACAAAUAAGUAAUCGGAUAUAUCACUACACUAUUAUAUCACUAUAAUGGUAAUUUGGGAGAGUGUUUAAUAGUCUAUGGCUUCAUUCAAAAUGUAUCUCAGCAUAGGCAUUAUAUUUAUGUUAUAUAUUAUUUCAGUGGUAUUUAGCUUCGAAGCUGCGUUUGUUCGCAAUAAAUCGGGAACAUCCGUUUCUGAAGUACCGGUACUGGAAUUACCCUCAAACUUACCUGCAUUGCCUGGAGAUUUCUCGCAGCAUACGCGCGAUUUUCAAGAACUUUUCUAUAUUAUUAUGGAAGAUGCCAAGUUGAAUAGAAUGGCCCAGAAUUCCUCAACUCCAACAUAUAUGUUGGAUCUAUAUAAGUCUAUCAAAGGGCCAACAGCAUCAAUCCGUCCGACUCAGCUGGAAGCAAGUGUAAUACGGGACUCGGACACUGUCAGGAGUUUUCUACCACAAGCAUCAGAUUUUGAAGAAAGUCAAGGAAGAUUCAGUUUUAAUCUGUCGGUCAUUGAACCCGAGGAGGACAUCCGUUUAUGCGAACUUCGUAUUGCAAACAAAAAGUUAAAAUGGUCGUCACAAAAUAUCAGAAUCAGUAUUUACCAGACCUGUACGAAAGCUUGUGAAGAUCCAACCGGCAGUGAAGUAUGUUCUUCUUCCACUAGAAUUUCAUCGUUGACGUUGCCACUAACAGAGGAUGAAGAUGAGAAACAGGUAGUCUUCGACGUCACUCGAUCGGUGCGUUACGCAUUGCAGAUUGAACGCUCCGCGUCUUGCGCAUUAGAAAUCAUUUUGUCAAAUGAUGAGGAGUUAGAAGACCCAAAAUCAAUUGAUAGACGUAGGAGAGAAAUACUUGGUAGGGUUGACAUAACGUCUGGAAGGUUUAUACCAGCUCAUAGCCCUACAGCUAAGCAAAAACAGACUGAUAAUGUGGUGUUGGUCGUUUUUACGCGUGAUAUAAAACCGAAGAACGUGCUAAAUGAUGCCAAAGUGCAUGAACUCGGAGGUACAUCACUUCAAGUUGAGGCAGAUAUGAGGCGAAUGCGACGAGACGCAAAAGAAGACAGAAAGCUCAAGAAAGAACGAGAGAGAAACAAAGAGAAGAAACAGCAGCGGGAAAAAGAACGAGCUGAUAAACUUGCCAGUGAAUUGACAAUACCAACGUGUCGGAAAGUAAGCUUUCAGAUAAAUUUCGAUCACAUUGGAUGGAGCCGUUGGAUCAUCUACCCGGCUGAAUUCGAAGCAUUUAGGUGCGAGGGAAGUUGUACUGGUCCCAUGAAGCCGCAUCAUAACCCAAGCAACCACGCAGUCAUGCAAAGCUUGGUCAACCUUAAAAGACCGGACUUGGCCCCAGAGGUUUGUUGUGUACCCACUAAGUUAGUACCUUUAAGUAUGCUGUAUUUCGAACACGGUAGCAUUGCUCUCAAGCACCACGCCGAGAUGAUCGUUGCGGAAUGCGGGUGUCGGUAGUUCUCUAGUAUGUUUUUACUUAUUAAAAGUCUCUAAUUAUUACCAGGAACCAACGUUAGUAGACUUAUAUCACUAUUGCCUCAAUCGAUGUGGGUCUACCUUACUUAUUCGAAUUGAAGUUAGAAGAGUGCAAACUAAUAAUAAUAAUUAUUAUUAUUAUUUUGUAUGUAUAGUUAUAUGUUACAACAAUAAAGUUAUCUUGUAUCUUGUAUAGUCAUUAAAUAUCUCCUACUCCGUCCGUAAUCUAAAGCUUAAUACUCCACCCCCCCCCCAACCCCGGGCCUCCACAACCAAUUUAUAUUAAUGUCAUAUUGUUAAUAUGCAUUUACGAUCAUGAUGCUAACUUUUAUAUGGAAGUUUAUUUAAGUUAUUAAUAAAGUACGAAAAUCAAAAUAAAUAUCGAUGUGGAAUUACAAUUAAAUUAUAAAAAGAUAUUAUAAUUUGCUGGUAGCAAGUACUAGAAAUAUUAUUAUUUGUAUUGCAAAUAUACCUCCAAAUGUAUUUACAAUAUAACCAAGUGAAUAACUUCGACUUCGACAACCAUGAAUAAUUAUUGCAGUGAUUGUAAUGUACAAUAUUUAAUUAAAUAUUUCCUAAUCUAAAGCUUGUUGAAAUAGAAAGAAAACGACGUCAACAAUUAAAAAAAAAAGUGAUUUUUAAUCAAAGUUUUAUUUGGCUGUUAUCUUAUUAUCAUCAAUAUUUUGUAUGUCAAAUUUAAAUUUAAUAAAACUUAAAGUUAACACCCACAAAAGUAGAAUUAAGUAGACGAAAUAGAAGUUAUAGGUUACACAAUCACACGAAAAAGCCAAUGAAUUAUUUAGUCAAUUGAGUUAUAUUUUCAGUGAAACUUAUAUGUACUACACUGUAAAUAAAUUUUAUAAUUUUCUA